AUGACAGCUUCUCAUACAAGAGCUAAAGAAGGCGCUAUUUUAGGUAUGAAUGUGUUUACUGAACGGAUACUCGUAUCCAGAAGGUGUGUACAUGCCCUUGUUGAAGUUCUGAAAGAAAUCACCACUAAAGACUUUUCAGAAUUAGAGAUAGACACUGUGAUUUCCAGAAUUCUACACGUGUUUCAAUCCAAAGAUGCUUAUCUCAAACUCUUAUGCUUUGCCUUUAUCAGAAGUGUAGCUGAAAUGUCCUCCGGUGCUUUUGUAGCCAUUAAUGCCCUGGUGCGCACUUUAAGUGCUAAACAAGGCUUACGUCCUGAUAUUCUUAAGCUCCUGCUUCAGAUUACACCCACAGCUAUGCUAGAUGACUGUUCCAAGUACGUCCAACAAAGUCUCAUUGAAACUGAGUAUAAAUCUUUAGAUAUGAUUGUCCCAGUCCUGUUAUAUGCACCAGAACAAACAGUAAGUGAUUGGUUUACAGGCACUGGCUGGAUGCGCGGUCUGAAUACUUCUGGCGCCCUAGGCAAUGCUAUCUUACUUAUGAGCCGAUGCCGACCCCAAGAAAGCAAAGAUAUCAUUAAACUUAUCUGCUCUUCUUAUCUAAAAGGGUACAGCUCAGUUCUAGCCAUGCGUUUCAUGCAGCAGUACAUCAAAACCAACCAACAUGCCCAGAAGAGAUUCUACUCUUGUUUAAAGCUAGAAGAAACAGAUGAAGCGACUUUCAUUGAAACGGUUAGGAGUUUAUUGAAAAUGCCAGAUACAGAUUGUUCUAAGUACAUUGAUACGUCCGUUAAAGGUUUACGUACUUUACUUAUGUCCAAAUGCACAGUUACUCGUGUAGCUGCUCUACGUACUAUUGAUAUGUUGGCCUCCUCGCCCUAUAAGAACAAACUAGCCCCUCUACGGGCUGAAGUAGAAGAAAUGCUUUCUAAAGGUAGUACUGUAGCCCUGUUAAGUAUGGGUAUUCUUUUAAAGAUAGGUACUAAGCAGGUAGCUAGCAAAGUAGCUCAACAACUGCCUAAACUACUAGCUGAAAUGGGAGAGGAACAAAAACUAGCAAUUAUGGAAUCGGUUGGGAAACUUUGUGAAAGAUUUGGCUGUGAGUCCUGGGUUGAUGUGCUUAAAGAGGCCUUACAUAGUACUAGUACAUGUCCUUAUAAGGUAAAAGUUGUUAAAAUUGUGGCGGAUGUGCUUAAAAACACUAAAAAUUCCGAUUUAAGAGCUAAGAUAGAAGAGAUUCUUUGUGCGUAUGUGGAAGAUUCACCCUUCCCCCGUGUAACUACUGAGAUUCUUGGUGUACUCCUGGGGAAGAAUACGCCGCAGUACAAAGUUUGUCUCAUGAACCGUAUGAUCUUAGAUAAUGAAAGUGUUGCCCCGGCGAUAGAACUAGCUCUAACAGCUGAAGGUGAACAAGGUCCUUUCUCUGUACUCUUCCAAGAGUCUCUAGAAGCCCCGGAGUACUUACUGAGUGGAACUGAGAACAGUAUUCUCCUGGCGGCUAAGGAAGAGUUGGGAGAAGAUGCCCAGUUCUUUGAAAUGGAGAAGAAGAAGGUUUCGGCUAUGGAGAGUAAGUACGGUUCACCUGAGCUUAAGACUUCUCGGCCACAUAUUCUGAACCGUACGGAAAGUGAGUUCUUGAUUACAGCUACUAAGCAUAUCUUCCGGGAGUUCAUUGUUUUGCAGUAUACAGUGGUUAGUAAGAUUGAUUGUGUUUUAGAAGAAGGUUUGUUAUCUGUGUUUUUGGGAGAUAAGAUAGUGGGGAGUGAAAAGAUCUAUUUACGUGGGAAAGAAAGUACGGUAUGCUUUAUCAAGAUAGAUAUGGCUGAUUUUAAUCAACUUUGUGGCCAGACUAUUUCUAGUGCCUUUGCCUAUACAGUCAGUGAUAAUCGGGAGUAUGAGGAGGGAGAAGUCCGAUUGGUCGCUUAUGACAUUGUUCCGGCUGAUUUUGUGGCUCCGGUUUAUGAAAGCUAUCAAUUUACAGGUGAGGAUACGAUUACUAAAGAGUUUAAAUUUGCGAUGACUGCCCCUAGUCUUAUCAGUGAAUUAAAAAAGAUCUUUGAUAUCUCGAUGGCUGAAGAGAAGACCAAUGAGUUUAUUUGUCGGGGAUCGUUUAUCUUUACUGAUGAUCCGGUGGAAGUACAGGUUAAGGUUAAGGAGUCCGGUAGUAAGUCAAAAGCAGAGAUCAGUAUUUCUUCAACCUCGCCGGAAAUUCGUGAAUUACUAAUGAAUUCAAUUGCCUAA